AUAAGGCUGAUCACAGUGACAGCACCUAACUCAUUUAUAGUCGCGAUCUGCGUGUGGGGAGGAGGUGCAAGGCUUCCUGUGCGGCACUUCGUGUUGAUAUGUAUGUUAUAUAGGCUGUGUUACAUUCCCAAGGAUCAACAGGGUCAUGCAUAAUUCAUUUGUUUGGUAUACAAUCUCUUCAUGGAACAUGAACAUGCAUGAUAGUGCUCUCUAGCUGUGUUGUGAUUUGACUCCAUCAGGGAUGGAAACCUGGAUGCAACUGCAAGCUUCUUUCACUUGAAGUUGCGAUCUUUCACAUACCGGUGAUGCGAUUGCUGUGAUCUUUUCAUGUUUCAAAGCAGAGUGAUGGACUGUUAUGUUUACUUUGUGUCAUUAUUACUGCCUCGUCUGAUGUGUCGAUCGGCUUUUCUCAGUGAUGACCUGGUAAACACAGACCCAGCCUUCAUUGAGCUCUAGAAGUUGAAGGUUUUUGGUGGAGCCAUACUAAACUUGUGAUUCACCCAUCCCUGUGUACGUGCAGUCAUAACACUUCAAACUGAUUGUAGGACUUCUGCACAACUACCCUUUAUUAAACUGAUAGGUGGUCGGAACCGAGUGUCAACAUCUUGUGGAUAUUUUAUGAAUCAGAAUCGGAAUACAGGAAUGCCCACAGACACUGAGUUGAACCCAACACCAUCGUCCUCACUAACAUCAGGAAUGACUGCAGCUAAGACUGCUCUUCACUACUCGUCCCCAAAGUUUAGGGGUGCUGCGUGGGGCCCAGGCAUGCCAGAAGCAGCUCUUGGUCCACGUUCAGAAGCAGUCAACAUCACCAGUCAGAUCAGCAACAUGCAUCUGAAAGGUGAUACAGCUCCUGGCCAAAUGCCUAUUGGUAGUCAGGUCCCAACCGACCAUGUUGCGACCGAUCCAAGAAUACUGCCACCGGAAUGGGUUUCGCUGCAGCAACAGCAGCAGUGGCAGCAUCAGAUGCUGUACGCGCAGUUCAAGAACCAGUCGGCACAGCUUACCCAGCAGCACCAGAAACAGCAACAAGAUCUACUAAUGAGAGAACAUUUGUUGGAGCAACAGAGACAGCUUGAGGUUCAGCAACAGCAGCAGCAGCAACAACAGCAGCAGCAACAGCAACAGCAGCAACAAGCACAGAAGCAACAACACUUGGAGCAGUUGUUGGCGAAGAAGCAAAGUAAGCAAAGUGCGAACGCUUCAACGGAAGUGAAGGAUAAACUUCAAAAGUUUCUCUUAAAUCGGCAGCAAAGAACGGACUAUGGGGGCAGUGGAUCACUCAAUCACUCGCCUCCAUAUAGGCAUUGGACCCCUCCAAGCUCGAUGGAUCACCACUCCCCUCCACAUAAUGUAUCGCCCCAGUUUCACCAUCAACCAAUGGGGUUUGGCCAAUAUGAUAGCAGCAACUUUCCACUUAGAAAAACAGCAUCUGACUCGAACCUGAAGGUUAGGUCGAGAUUGAAAGAGAAAGUGACGGAGAGACGUACUCAUGGUAGCCCGCUUCUGAGGAGAAGGGAAGGCCCCAAUUCUCUGAAGAGGAAACCAAUGAGCGGGGAACUCAACUUAGAUACAUCAUCUAACAGCGCUCCCGGAUCUGGUCCUAGUUCACCUCUUAGUGCUGGAGCUGCUGGCGGUGCCGAUAGUCCUAACGGAGUUCCUGUUGCAGCAUUACCUGAGGAGGCAAGUAGUGCCCCUAAGAUGAUGAUGAAACAGAGGUUUUGUGUAGCAAGCGAUCUGUACAGCUCACCGUCUCUACCUAACAUAUCUAUUGGGAUUCCUGCUGCAAACAAUCCACAACACUCACCACCUCUGGGUCCUGUGAAACCAGGUCUACCUACAGCGGCAAUGUUAGGUGCUGCUCCUCUCAAUCCAUACCUUCCUACAGUGCCUGCAGGUGCAUCUCUAUCUUUAGCCGGUAUGAAUCCUGCCCUUUUAGCUGGUAUGACCUUUCAGGACUACCAGCAGGCACAGACAGCCGCCAUGUCAGCUGCUCAAAUCGGAAUCCAUCCAAAACCAAUCAGACCGCUGACACACAGACCCUUAGUGAGGACCCAUUCUGCUCCCCUGCCUAACAACCAGCAAGCUCCUACCAGCCAGCGACCGCAUUCUAUGUUACUCUCUCAUCAUCAUCAUUCACAGUUACUACAGCAACCGCAUCAACUCCUCAACAAUCUUGCUCAUCAAAAGCUCCUCGAAGAAAGGAGAGAAGAAAGAGUUCAAGAGGAGCGAGAACAAGAGGAAGAAUCAGAAUCAGCAGCCGGAGCCACCGCGUCUGGCGCCCCCAACAUGCCAUCACCGUCCAAAGCUAAAGAAGCUCUCAAAAAUGCCAUCCAUAUCAAACAAGAGCCGAUUGACAUCACUGAAGAAGAGGAGGAGGAUGAAGAUGAGGAUGCGGAGACGGAGUUAUCGAAAUCAAGAGAGGAUAAUUUAGACAUGCUCAGACCCUCAACAAUGACCAAAACCGGAUUGUACGGUGGUCAUCGUCCCUUGAUGCGGGUACGCAGCUCCCCCGCUGCUGCUGGUAUCCACUCACUCUCACUCAACCACCACCACCACCACCACCAUGAACACAAACGAACCCAACACAAAUUUACUACCGGCCUUGCGUACGAUACGUUGAUGUUGAAGCACCAAUGUCUGUGUGACAACAAUCAGAAUCACCCUGAACAUCCUGGUCGUCUCCAGAGCAUAUGGGCUCGGCUUCUUGAAAGAGGGAUCGUGUCUAGAUGUGAGCGUAUACGGACGCGGAAAGCAUCAUUAGAAGAGCUCCAGUCUUGCCAUAGUGAAGGCUACACGUUAUUUUUUGGUACCAGCCAUGCACACAGAGCUAAGUUAGACGAUCGUAAGAAAGCAUCCAUACCCAAGUUGAAUUUCACCUGGUUGGGCUGCGGAGGUGUGGGUGUAGACACCGAUACAGUCUGGAACGACAUCCACUCACCGGGAGCAGUCAGAAUGGCUGCUGGAGCUGUGAUCGAGUUGGCAUUCAAAGUAGCUACUGGGGAGCUCAAGAAUGGAUUCGCCAUCGUAAGACCACCAGGCCACCAUGCUGAAACGGCGCAAGCCAUGGGAUUCUGCUUCUUUAACUCAAUCGCUGUCGCUGCUAAACAGCUUCGACUCAAGCUCAGACUCAACAAGAUUCUCAUUGUUGACUGGGAUGUUCACCAUGGUAACUCAACCCAGAAAAUAUUCUAUGAAGACUCACAUGUACUCUACAUCUCAUUACAUCGUCAUGACAACGGAAACUUCUUCCCGGGUACAGGGGCACCAGAUGAGUGUGGAUGUGGAGCUGGUCUUGGCUACAAUGUGAACGUUGCGUUCCACGGUGGUCUGAACCCACCUAUGGGUGAUGCGGAAUAUAUAGCUGCAUUCAGGUCUAUCGUCCUGCCUAUUGCUGAGGAAUUUUCACCUGAUGUUGUGCUUGUUUCGUCUGGCUUUGAUGCUGUUAAAGGACAUCCUAAUCCACUGGGAGGAUAUAAAGUUACACCAGCAUGUUUCUCAUACAUGACACGUAAGCUGAUGGGACUGGCCAACGGACGAGUAGUAUUAGCUCUAGAAGGCGGCUAUGAUCUAACGGCAAUCUGCGAUGCCUCCGAAGUAUGCGCUCAGACACUCUUGGGUGAUGAUCCAGCGCCGCUCUCACAAGAGACACUCGAUGCAGCACCAAAUGCCAAUGCUGUUGAGUGCAUACGGAGAACUAUUGAAAUACAAUCGGAGUACUGGACAUCGGUCAGAAAUCAAUCUAGCAGCGUAGAUCUAUGUUUGCGGGAAUCACUGAAAAGGAAAGGAGACUCAGAAGUGCCUGUCAGCGAGAUGGCAUCACUAUCAGUACAACAAGAAACACCAAGAAGUCCAUCGGAGAUUACGGAGGAGAGUGCAAUGGAUGCGGAAGAAGCUGCCCCAUCAUAAAGACGAAAGAUCAGAGUCAGAGCAUCUAGGGUUAAGAGCUCUACCAUCACCUCAGAGCAGUCUUGACACGGAAGUCCAAUUCAUCCUGCCAAGCUAAUUCAUUGAAGAACGGUAUCGGUUUUGUAAUGUCUCGUGUUGUUGACGACGAUACCCUUCAACGAACGUUAUUUCGCAUCACGGGGAUGAGGACUUGGCCUGCAUGGAAACGACCGUCCACUUUUCAACCUACCCUAGCCUUUGGUUUGGAACCCGCAGGUACGGAUUGAACUACAGCUGUUUCGGGAAACGGAUCGCAUCUCCUUGGUUUGACCUCUAGAAAAGGUGGAUUCAUGUUUCCCAGAUUCUGUCAUUUUGACCCGAUCAGAUCCGUUCACAUCGCGCACGUGUUAGUUAUUGUGGCCUCGAGAGGCACAAUCCAGUUCGCAGUUGGAGUGCAUGUCGCUAUUGAAACGAAACUGUACUAUUAUCUCGAAAAACACAUGUUUGACAAGUUUGCAAGUGGAAUCUCUGUAUGUUCACUGAUAUUGAACCGUUUUCUUUUUAAACAUAUUCAUCACGAGUUGUGGUCGUAGUACACAUGUGUUGUAGGUAUUUUAUCUGUACAAUAUUGCCUGUGCAUAGUUUUCUUUCCUCACAUGGAGACUCUAUAGAAGGCUAGAUGUAAUUGCUUCAAUGUACAGAGUUUGAAAUGGCAUUCCACCAAGUGAUAUUCAAUCAUAUUUGUACACAUAGUUUGAUUUUCUCUUUUUUGUACAAAAAGAACAAAAAUUAUAAAAAUUUAUCGGUUAAAUAGGAACCCCCCCCCCAAAAAAAAAAAAUCCCCAUCCCUUCAACAAAAUAAUGAAUAGAUCAAAAGCAGGUACUCUAUAAACGCUCUUUAGGGAUCUUAUCUUACCUUCAUUCACUAACUUUCUGCUCAUACUUUGAAAGUCAAGGUUUCUAAAUAUCUUUUCAUCUACCCCCCCCCCCAAUAAAACCAAACAAACAAUGACUUGUCUAUCUUUCUCUAUAGAGUUGGUCCUCAAGUUGCUUGCUGAUUUGCAAAAUUGUUGUUGAUAUACAUCAUAAUGAUAGUGACAUUGGUCUUUUUGUAUACUAGUAGUGCCAAUACAUUGCUAUGGUAUCUCUUAAGAAUUUACAUAUAUUACUCCAGUAAUGGAUUCUGUUUUAAUCUGCCUCUGAUAUGAACACAUCUUCCACGCCCUGGGGAAUUAUGAAAUUAUUUUGAGGAAGCAUCUGGUAAUGGUUCUGAUUCUUGUCUUUCAAUCAGAGGGUCUUGGGUUUGAAUCCCACUCCUUGGGCACUGAUUUCUUUCAGCAAGAAAUUCAUUCAUAUUGUGCUGCACUCGACCCAGGUGAGGUAAACGAGGACCAGGGGCCCAUUACACAAAGCGUUUGCAAUGAUCAAAGAACAUUUUUGUAUGAUUGAUUGUAUCGACUGGUGUGUACAAUCAAUCGUGAAAGUCAAGCAUACGAUUAAUCGCUAAACCUUGUUUUACGGACCCUGGUGGAAAUUUAUUCUUUGAUGCGUUUGCGUAAACAGCUGCUCUGCCAAAGCCUGGACAAUUAUGCUGCAUUCUUUUAUAGCGCUUAGAAACUUCCUAUGAAGAACCAUUAGGUGUUUGGUCCUAUAUAUGGUGGAGGGGUUGCCGCGAAGCCAGACAAAAGUCUCAGACGAGCAUAUCCUGACCGAAAUAGACAGAUUUUUUUCGGUUAAUAUUCUGAAAUUAAGCUGGCGAAACAGAGAGUGUUGGUGUUUUGUGAAGGCUUGGAAAUAUUUCACUGUUUCUCAAUGCCAAUCAAAUCCUUCCUCUAUCAUCAUUCUUAAUCUGAUUUGAACAAGAUUCAUUCAGACUUCUAAAACCAUCCUGAAAAUGAGAACCUUUUCCAUUCUGUGUUUGAUGUAUACAUUGUACAAACUUACAUUACCUGGGUUCUGUAACACAGAACCUAGUGCUUGAUUGCAGUGCUCUUCGUAUGAUUGAUUGCAUUUAUCAUUUUGUGCAGUCAGUCAUACAAGUGAACUGUGUAAUCAGUUACUAAGCUCUGUGUUAAUGGGCCUGUGGGUUGCAUUGCACGAUACUCACAAUCGACGUGAACUCCUCCAUCAGUCAUAGCUAUCAUCAUGAUAAUAAUUGCAUAAUAGCAUAGCCAAUCAACAUGAGAUUUGAAUUUUGCAAAGUCACUACAAGUUUAAGUUUGAUGCAACCGGGGCAGAACUAGAAUAGGAAAUUUUAGGGGGGCUGUUUUUCCCCCAUCAGUAGAUUACAUGUGGUUUGUUUCAUUGGUAUAAGGCUGUUGCAACGUCACUUUUGUUACAAAAAGAGCCGGACCUUUGAGUAUCCUAACUUGAGUUGGUAUGGUCAGAGGACCUAUUUAAGGGCUACGCAAGUGCAAUUCAAUGCACAGUCUGUUUGAGGCAACAGAGAUAUCAAGGUUUGCUGAAAAGCUGUCGUUUUGCCCUAUUCCGUUGAUUAUUAUCAUUUCCUUAAAAUCAUGAUAUAAAUCACACUAGUAAAAUUUGAAACAAUGAUUCUCUUGCUUAUCUUUUGCAUUUGCAUCUCUUUAGUAUUCUCCCAUUUUGCAGAACAAAAUACAACAAUGAUACUCACUUGAAAGUGUAUUUUUCGAGUUACGCAAAGAAUCGACAUUGCACUCGGACAGGAGUUCUACCCUAAAUUUCGGAUGUACACUAAGGCAUGAUUAUGCCUUAAACAAAAUGGAGUCCUUUAAGGUCGGUGAUGUACAUUUUUUUCCCUCAAAUUUGAUGAUCAUGCACUUCAAACUAACAGUUCAGACAAGGCUUGUUUCCGUACUUAUAUAGGUAUUAUUUUGUAUUACUUUUUGCAAAGAUAUGUGCUAGUAAUGUCUAAAGAAUGAAUUUUACUGGUGUACAGGCGUAUAUUUUCGUGAGCUGUGGACAGUAUUGAAAAUGUUUAUAUUUGUCUUGUGUGAUAAAGUAUUGCCAGUCUUUUCCUUUUUUCCAAAAAAGAAUGUAAGCAACAAUGUCAAGGUAUGAUAAUUCAGUGGAUUCAUCGUACGAUUUCAUAAGAGUAUUCUUUAUAGUGCAAAAAGCUUUUGAAAUAUGCAUUGGUUUUAGGACAGAAACUAGCAUACAUGAACAGUCGAUGUAUAGAGUUGGUGUUUUCAUCAGAAUUGUAAAAAAAACUUGUGUAUUUUUAUUUUCUGAAGUGAAGAUGCUGAAAUCAUUCACAUUGGCAUUCUUUUUAUUUUGAUUUGUUGAAAUGAAGACAUCCCGUUGACGGGAUUGUUAUUAUUAUUAUGAUGUAGAUUGAAGAUAUUCCUAUUUGUAUUGAUAACUAUGAAGCGCCUUUUUACAUUGAUUGGAAUGUAUGCUCUAUGAUGUUUAUUGCUCUAGAAAAGUUUAAAAAAAACAAAAGAGUUCUUAUGAGAUUGUAUAUUUGAUUGGAUUGUUAUGUGGCUCAAAGGUUAUAUGUCAAACUAGUUGUUUGGUAUCAUAUGUCGUUAUUGUUAUCCAAUCCUCAAAGAUGUCAACCCCCUCCCCUCCUUCCCCCUGAAGCCCAAGGGGGCUCUUGAUGCAGUAUGUUCUCCUCAAAGGGAAAGCUUUAGAGAUAGCCAAUUAUACAACAUGAAAAUAGAUUUGUCAGGUCAGCGGGAAAGAAAAACAAUUUAUCAUUCUAACAAAAUAAUGAAAUAAAGCAGGACUCAAAUUAAGAAUUCAAAGCGGCAAGGCCAUUUUUAAGUAGGGCUAUUGAAUGAUUGCUCACUUUAGAAGCCAUCCAAGGCCAUUAAAAGGGGCAUCAAUAGUAAUAUGUACUUUUCACACUUACUUACCUCAGGGCAUCAAGGCCACAUGCAAAAGGGAACUUACUUUGAACUUUGUCCACAAGU